AUGUAUUACAAUCCUAUAGAGAGAUCUCUAAACAAUAAAAUAUCUGCUGCUAACUCAAAUCCAUAUUUCACAUAUUAAAAAAAUAUUAAUCUUACAUAAUCUUUGUAAGUACCACUAAAUUAAGUUAACUUAAACUAUAUUCACUAGUAACCCUUGAGAUAAAGUUUUUCUUACCUUCCUAGAUAAUAAUAAUAAUAAAUUAAUAGUUAUAUACCUACCGUUUCUUAGCCUUUACUUUAAUUAUCUGCAUAAACAUACACUACAAAUGCAUAGAUUACAAAAAAUUUAGAUUAAAAAAAUUACACACAAGUUGAUGAAAAAAUUGCAACUUCAAAAAAUAGUUAAAGUAGUAAUAAUAAUAAUAAGAAUAAUAAUUAAAAUGAUUUACUCUCUUAUCGGGGGAGAAAUUAAAAAGAAAAAAAAAACUUAACAGGUUAGUAAAAAAUAGAUAGUAUAUUGAGAAACUAUAACUCGUUAAACUCAGAAAGAAGUAAGAAUACAACUUAUUAGAGCUAAAAAAAAUAGGAUUUUAAAGAUAUUAUUUCUAAUGAUACUAAAUAAAUUUUACAAAAAUGGAAUAGCCCAAAUAAAUUUGGAGUUAUGCCUAGCUAAAAUAUUGAAUUUUACUAAUAAUUGAGAUAAAAUAAGAGCUUGUAAAAUAGUAGUCCAAUUAACAUUGUGGAUCCCUUAUUUGAAACUAUUUCUUCAUUAGAGAGCAGCCAAUAAACAAAUUAAUAUUAAAAUUAAAUUGAUAAAAUACAAUAAGAUAACAAAGAUUUUAUAUAAAUUUUAAAUUAAUCAUAGGAGAAUUUAAAAAAUACAGCAUAGGUAGAUUUUAAAUACACCAAAACAGAGAAGCAAGAGUCAAUUUAAGAUAUUGAGUAAAGAGUAGGUAUAGGUUAUGAUGUCCAUAGGCUAGUAAGUGGAAGAAAAUUAAUUAUUGGUGGAGUUGAGCUUAAGCAUAGCAAAGGGUUGGAUGGGCAUUCUGAUGCAGAUGUAUUAGUCCAUUCAAUUAUCGAUUCUUUGCUUGGAGCAUGCAAGUAUGGAGAUAUAGGAAAACUCUUUCCCAAUACUCCAUAAUAUAAAGAUGUUUCAAGCUUGAAGCUGCUUGAAAUAGUUAGAAAAAUGAUGGAAAAAGAUUAAAUUAAAAUUAUAAAUAUAGAUGCUGUAAUAAUUGCAUAGGCUCCAAAAAUGGCUGAUUAUAUAGUUUAAAUGGAAUAAAAUAUUUCUAAUACAUUAAAGAUUGAAUCUGAUAGAAUAAGCGUAAAAGCAACAACUGAGGAUAAACUUGGAUUUACAGGUAACCAGUAAGGAAUAGCAAGUAAAGCUGUAAGUUUAAUAUAAAAAUAAUUUAAUAAAUCUACAAAUUUUCAAAAAAGCUCUUUGCUUUUGUAAAACGAAAAUCACUAAUCAAUAGCAACAGAAAACUAACUUUAAACAGUAAAAAGAUAGCUAGAUUUUAAAUCUGAUUCUGAUUAAUAGGCUUUAAUCAAUCCAAAAUUAAAAAAUAAAGAUAAAAAUGGAUUAAUUAAUUUGAUUUAAAUCUCAAAUUCUAAAAAUCUGCUUUAAAGUUAAAAAGGAAGAAUCAUAUUUUUAGUUGUUAGUUUUAUAUUAAUUUAGUUGAUAUUAUUUAUUUUGUUUGUUUGA